AUGAUUAUUUUAUUCUAUAUAAUCCUUUUGCCUGUCUGGUGUUCUCUAAUUAUAAUCAAGGUGCUCCCUAAUUGCCAAAUGUUAAAGCGGUUCAAAAGUCUGUCUACUAAAGGCACUACACGAGAGAAGGAACCAGAGGAAUCGGAGAAGGAGUUCGUGGCUAACCCCGCAUUUUCGAAGUCUAAAGCAAAGUCGAACCAGAAACCACAGAACAAGAACGAUACUAAUAUACUAAAGGGUGUAACCAGUCGUUCUGCAAAUAAUUCCAAAUCUUCUAGAAAUGCUGAAAAAGAUACAAAACUCAAGCUUAUGAAAACUACAUAUAGCUCCGAAGAAAUUUCAGCACUUGAAUUUGGGAUUAUUAAUCAUAACGAUUUGAAGUUACCUUAUGGCAACGGGUCUGAAAAACUAUUUGGGAUAGAGAACUAUGGCUAUAAUUGCUAUGUAACAUCAAUUUUUCAAUGUUUAUACCACACCCCUAAUUUUCGCAGAGCUAUAUUGGAAUAUGGAUUUGCCAAAGAUAAACGGAGAAAGAGGAAGUUUGAUGUCCCCGGGAAAAAUCCAGAUCAGAUCCCACAGGCGGUCUCAAACCCGCCGCAUCAUUCACAAAACCAACAAUCAGGAAGUCAAGAUGCUUCCAACCAACCAGUGCAAAAGAAAGGAUUUUUCAGCACAAAUAAGUCAAACGAGCAUGUCGAACAGCACGAGGAACCGCUGAAUAAAAUGUACCAUCAAGAUAACUUUCGAUUAUCCUCUUAUCAAGACAAGAAGUUAAAAAGACGUCUAACUUCCCAGUAUCCAGCGUUAAAAAAACUGGAGUUUAACUAUUUUGAAAAUUCACAAGGGAAUGUGACUUUAGUUGGAUUGAUUGAUGAUCCCGAUGCUUCGCUUGAAUGGCGCAAAAGGAGUGCAUUAAUUCGAGGGCCCAUUAUUAACUUGGAUCAUGGCUAUAAUGAAGAGUAUGGUCUGAAAGCGGAAAAUAUGUUUACGGUUUUGAAGGAUGCAUUCGAAUGCAUAGCUGAAAAUAAAUCAAAUACAGGGGUGCUAUCGCCGUAUAAUUUGAUCGAAGUUCUUAAACGUGAGAAUAUUAUGUUCAGGAAUGCACAGCAUCAAGAUGCCCACGAGUUUCUUAAUUUUCUUGUCAACAAUAUUCUAGAAAGUCUCGGAUUGCAACAUAGUGAACAGUUAAUAACCGACAUUUUUGAAGGAGAAUUAAUAUCUGAAACUAAAUGUUUAAGUUGUGAUAAUUCUUCUUUUAGGACAGAAUCAUUUUUAGAUUUGUCUGUUGAUAUAGAACCCGACAGUUCAAUCACAAAUUGCUUGAAAUUGUAUUCUAAAAUCGAAAUGUUAAACGAAAACAAUAAGUUCUAUUGUGAAAACUGUUAUUCGUACCAAGAAGCAGCGAAGUCUAUUAAGCUCAAAAGGAUUCCUAAAGUGAUAGCUUUCCAUUUGAAAAGAUUUAAGUAUUCUGAGCAGCUAGGUCGGAUGGUGAAGAUGUUUUAUCGUGUUGAAUACCCUAAAACCCUAAGAAUAGCUACAACGGAAGAUGACACUAAACUAGAGAAACUUUAUGAGUUAUACGGGGUUGUUGUGCAUAUUGGUGGUGGUCCUUAUCAUGGGCAUUAUGUUUCACUAGUAAAAACAGAGCUCUAUGGGUGGUUACUAUUUGACGAUGAAACCAUAGAAAAGAUUGAUGAAGAUUUUGUAUUUAAGUUUUUUGGUGACGGUACAGGUCUAUCAACAGCGUACCUUCUAUUUUACAGGGAAAUUGAGGAUGAAGACAAAUACCUUGAUGAACAGCUUUACUAUGCUGAUUCUGGAAGCGAUUAUGAUUCGGAAGAUCAUGUCAGUGAACUUGAUAAGACAUUAUUUUCUGCGAAUAUUGAAUUUUCGUUUGAAGAUGAUGACGUUGAAUGUGGUAAUUCCUCGGAUUUUCUCUCCUUAUUACCUCACCAAAUACCUGUUGCAGCAACCUCAGGCGUCUCUCAAAUUCCAACACCACCAGCAACACCGCUUGGUUAUAUAGUACCAGAACAGCAGCCGCAUUGUCCGACACAAGCACAAGCACAAGCACAUACACAAUCACAGACUAUUGUACCAACAGCAAAUACUGUUGAGGUGCCGAGCCAUCGCAGUUCGAUAUUUUCGCUGCGUCGGAAAAGAGAAAAAUGA